UUAGCUCUUAGCUCUCUUUCUCUCUUCCGUUAGCGUCUGUAACCGGCCUGACUUGAGUUGUGGAGCCGCUCUCCGGUCCUCUCCGACUAGGUCGUGGCACAACACAAUGGCUGCUGUAAAGGCACUUAAUCCGAAAGCUGAGGUGGCGAGAGCUCAAGCGGCUCUGGCCGUCAACAUCAGCGCCGCUCGGGGACUUCAAGAUGUCCUGAAAAGCAAUCUCGGACCAAAAGGAACCAUGAAAAUGCUUGUGUCCGGCGCCGGAGACAUCAAGCUCACUAAAGACGGCAACGUCCUGUUGCACGAGAUGCAAAUCCAGCAUCCGACGGCUUCCCUGAUCGCUAAGGUGGCUACGGCGCAGGACGACAUCACCGGAGACGGCACCACGUCCAACGUCCUCAUCAUCGGAGAGUUACUGAAACAGGCGGAUAUUUACAUUUCUGAGGGUCUCCACCCCAGGAUCAUCGCCGAGGGCUUCGAAGCUGCGAAGGACAAGGCUCUGGCUGUGCUCGAGGACGUGAAGGUCACUAAGGAGAUGGAUCGUGAGACUCUGGUGAACGUGGCCAGGACUUCGCUGAGGACUAAAGUGCACACGGAGCUGGCCGACCUGCUCACAGAGGCUGUGGUGGACGCAGUGCUGGCCAUCAGGAAACCUAACGAACCCAUUGACCUUUACAUGGUGGAGAUCAUGGAGAUGAAGCACAAGACGGAGAGCGAUACACAAUUGAUCAGAGGUUUGGUGUUGGACCACGGAGCCCGACAUCCUGACAUGAAGAAGAGAGUGGAGGACGCUUACAUCCUGACCUGCAACGUCUCUCUGGAAUACGAGAAAACCGAGGUGAACUCUGGCUUCUUCUACAAGAGUGCUGAGGAGAGAGAGAAGCUGGUGAAGGCUGAGAGGAAGUUCAUCGAAGAGCGCGUGUGCAAGAUCAUCGAGCUGAAGAACAAAGUGUGUGCUGACAACAACAAGGGCUUCGUGGUCAUCAACCAGAAGGGGAUCGAUCCGUUCUCUCUGGACGCGCUGGCUAAAGAAGGCAUCGUGGCUCUGCGCCGGGCGAAGAGGAGGAACAUGGAGAGACUCACUCUGGCCUGUGGUGGUGUUGCCAUGAACUCUGUAGAUGAUCUGACCCUGGAGUGUUUGGGCCACGCCGGUCUCGUCUACGAGCACACGCUGGGAGAGGAGAAGUACACGUUCAUCGAGAAGUGCGGGAACCCACGCUCAGUGACGCUGCUGGUCAAAGGACCAAACAAACACACGCUGACGCAGAUCAAAGAUGCCGUGAGAGACGGUCUGCGUGCCGUCAAAAACGCCAUCGAGGACGGCAGUGUUGUAGCAGGAGCGGGUGCUUUUGAGGUGGCCGUGGCUGAUGCCCUGGUGAAACACAAGCCCAAAGUGAAGGGACGAGCUCAGCUGGGCGUGCAGGCGUUUGCUGAUGCUCUGCUCGUCAUCCCCAAGGUCCUGGCUCAGAACUCAGGCUAUGAUCCACAGGAGACUCUUGUGAAGCUGCAGACUGAAUUUAAAGAGUCCGGCCAUCUCAUCGGCGUGGACCUGAGCACAGGCGAACCCAUGGUAGCUGGAGAGGCCGGCAUUUGGGAUAACUAUAGUGUUAAAAAACAGCUGCUUCACUCGUGCACGGUAAUCGCUAGCAACAUCCUCCUGGUAGACGAGAUCAUGAGAGCCGGAAUGUCUUCCCUCAAAGGCUAAACUAAUCGAGCAUGAUAAACCCGCGAGAUGAAGAAGGGCUGUAGGUGGCCUGUAGUUCGGCGCCGAGAUGCCUGCAGUUCUGCACUGACUGCAUCCUGCCCGGAUUCCAACAGCGUCAGAAACCCGCCAUCGUCACAUGUCUGCUCAUUUUGUGUCCGGUAGCAUUCCGCUCUCGGGAUCGUCUCUCACAUUUCCUCCAGUCAAUUGGGUUAUUUAUGAGAUUUUGGUUAAGCACUGAACUGCAGUCAUACACUUUUUCAUUUGUACCCAUUAAAUGUUUUGGUUCAUGAAAAUA